CCUGUCCCUGUAAGAGAGAAGGGUACAUGCCACAAUGUGUGAAGUGCGAGCGUGGACUGAGCCACUUGUGUUUUUGGCCGGCGGGACUCGCCGGAUUCUUACAGAAGAAGAACUUCGUGUUGAUGAUGGUUGAUCCGGACGCACCCGGCCGCGCCAACCCGCCCCGUGCCCACAGGAGGCACCGGCCAGCAGCAGACAUCAAGGUAAUUGGGAUCCACAGGCCCUCAUCAAAAGGUUUGACCUGGGGGCUCCCGUGGCCGCCGUGCAGUUCCUGACCCGGAACCACAAAGACUGAGGAGGGAUGCUCAGCUGGAGUGACGUAACUCGCAGAUGUGGCGUGUGCAGCGUUUCACCUGUCCAGUCGGAGUGGCAUCGGUAUCGCGUGUACAACACAUAAUAAAACAUAC